AUGUCGGAAGUGGCGCAAGGCGGGGCGACGGUGUUCACCGACCUCGGCCUGAGCGUGUUCCCGAUAAAGAAUGCGGCCUUGUUCUGGAUGAAUGUGCUCCCCUCGGGCGAGGGUAACGAAAGGACCCGUCACGCCGCCUGCCCUGUGCUGCGCGGCUCCAAGUGGGGCGGUCGUAAUAUAGAACGCAUCGGUAUGGCUAUAAGGGUCGCAUGUGAGUGG